AUGUUCGCCAGGUCUACAUUCCGCUCAUUGCUCCGACCACGAUACCGAAUCCCGUCAAGACCCCUGCAUUUAUCGAGCAUACUUAGGAAUCAAGCAGGAGGAUUAAGCAAUAUCCUUGAGGGUGGACCUGCACCUGCCGUCUUGGUCAAUACCAUCACGUCGGAAGGCAUACACCUGGCAGACGGACUCAUUAUACCGUCCGCAUGUAUAUUCCUUGACGGAAAGGUCUUCUUGUGGGACGUUCCACAAACACAGUGGGAAGGAUGGAGCAAGAAGCAUUUCGAUAUUUUUGACGUGGCUGUGCCAAAACCUGAGCUCUUGCUCUUUGGAACCGGCAAGAGAGUGUCUUUCGUACCUCCUGCUAUUCGCCAAUACUUCAGUCAAAACGGAAUCCAAGUAGACAUCAUGGACACCCGCAACGCAUGCAGCACUUACAAUCUUCUCAGUGAAGAAGGCCGUCGUGUUGCAGCGGCAUUGUUACCCCUCGAGGACCGAUCAUGGCAGCGCACAGCGACCAAAUGA